AUGAAAGAUUUGGGGUUCAUGUCAGGGAGUUUGAAAUCAGCUUGGGAAGAUAAAUGCCUCCAAAUUGUAGAUGACCUUGAUAAAGAUUCCCACUUCAAUUUUCAGAGGACAAUGGACAAAAGGAAUCAUUCCAUAGUGGUAGAUUUUAUCCUUACGGGAUUAACAGAGAAGCCAGAAUUCCAGAUCCCACUGUUUUUACUCUUUCUAGAAAUAUACAUUAUCUCUUUUGUGGGUAAUAUGGGCUUAAUCUUACUCAUCAGGAUCAAUUCUCAGCUUCACACUCCUAUGUACUAUUUUCUCAGUAACUUGUCCUUCAUUGAUCUCUGCUACUCUUCAAUCAUUACCCCAAAAAUGUUGGUGAGCUUUUUAUCAGAGAAGAACAUCAUCUCCUAUUCAGGGUGCUUGACCCAGUUCUUUUUUUUCUGUACUUUUGGUAUUGCUGACUGGUACAUGCUGACAGCCAUGGCUUAUGAUCGUUAUGUGGCCAUCUGUAGUCCCCUUCUCUAUCACAGUACCAUGUCUCAGAAUAUCUGUUACCUGUUGGUGUUAGGUGUAUAUGUCAUGGGGACUUUGGGGGCCAUUACUCAUACAAGUGGUUUGUCUAGACUGUCCUUCUGUGGAAACAAUAUUAUUAGUCAUUAUUUCUGUGACAUUCCUCCCCUUCUGAAACUUUCCUGCUCUAGUACCUACAUUAAUGAGCUUUUGGUGAUGCUUCUUGUUGUGGUCAAUUCAUUGGUAACCACUAUACCCAUCUUGAUCUCUUAUGCUUUCAUCCUCUCCAGUAUUCUCAGCAUUCAUUCUGCUAAGGGUAGGUACAAGGCCUUCAGCACCUGUGGCUCCCACAUGGUAACUGUUGCUGUCCUGUAUGGUUCCAUCAUUUUUAUGUACUGUUGGCCUGAAACAAGCAGCAAUAUCACUCAACAGAAAGUGGCUUCAGUGAUCUACACCACAGUCAUUCCCAUGCUGAACCCUUUUAUCUAUAGUCUAAGGAACAAGGAUGUGAAAGAUGCACUAAAAAAAUUCAAGGACUGGAUAGUCUCCUGGUGCAAUUAG